UGACGAUGUAUUGACAUCAUAACGAUCUUAUUUAGGUAAGAGAUUCACAUGUCACAACAGAAAUAAUGCAAAAAUCUUUUGAGGUUUAAAAAAAUAAAUAAAUAAAAAUAAAAAAAACCCUCUUAUUAUUUGGUCAUGAUGACAUAAGAAUAGAAUCAUCAUCAAAGUUGGUCAGUUGAAUAUAAGUGGAGAAAUGUCCUUAAAAAUCUACAUCAUCCAUGAUCCCACCCCCAUUAUUUUCUCCACACGCACACCCUCACCCAACCACAAUAUUUUCAUUCAAUUUCGGCCCAUUUACAAUCUUCCAUAUUCAUUUCACUUCCAUUUUUAUACUUUAUAUUUUUAUUUUUUUUGGUAACAACGCAAUCACAUUUCAAUUAAUAUUAAAUCCUUCUAGAAAACCCAUUUUGAAUUCCCUCUUUUUUUUUUUUAUGACAUGUUCUUUAUUUGUCACCUAUCUUCACAUAUAAUAAAUACAGACAUAGUUCUACAACAUCACAAAGCCAAAUCAUCCAAUAAUAAACCAAAAAUAAUUGGUACGACUUUUUUUGAAUGAGAUUUGCUGCUAUAAACAACUUCUAUAGAAUACUACUGUUCCAUCCCCAAAACACACCAAAAAUAAGAUCAUUUUGUACCAUUUUUGCUACUACAAACACGUCUUCUGAAUUCAACUCCCCGAGACAGGUUGUUGAGAAGGUUUUAGCUGAAUCGCAACGCGAAGGCGAUGGGGCUACAGUUCGACGUAGCAUUGGCAGGCCAGGACUAAAGUUUUUGGAUCCUUUUCUUAUGUUGGAUGAAUUCUCAGUUUCUGCACCAGCUGGAUUUCCAGAUCAUCCACACAGAGGAUUUGAGACAGUUACAUACAUGUUGGAGGGUGCUUUUGCUCAUCAAGACUUUGCUGGACAUAAGGGAAUCAUUAGAACUGGUGAUGUGCAGUGGAUGACAGCAGGAAGAGGGAUAGUUCAUUCUGAGAUGCCUGUUGGGGAAGGAGUCAACAAGGGUUUACAACUUUGGAUCAAUUUAUCAUCCAAAGAUAAAAUGAUUGAGCCGAAUUAUCAAGAAUUGUUAAGUGAAGACAUACCAAGAGCAGUGAACGACGGAGUAGAGGUACGAGUAAUAGCUGGAGAAUCAAUGGGAGUUCAUUCACCAGUUUAUACAAGGACUCCAACCAUGUACCUUGACUUUACACUGCAACCAGGAGCUCAAUUCUCUCAACUAAUACCCGAGUCAUACAAUGCCUUCGUCUACGUUGUAGAGGGUGAAGGCGUUUUUGGGUCAUCGAGUUCAAAACCAAUGUCAGCUCAUCACUGCCUUGUUUUGGGUCCUGGAGAUGGCCUAAAUGUAUGGAAUGUGUCAUCAGACUCGCUACGAUUUGUGCUUAUUGGAGGGCAGCCCUUAAAUGAACCGGUGGUGCAAUAUGGUCCCUUUGUGAUGAAUACGCAAGCAGAAAUCGAGAAGACAUUUGAGGAUUAUCAAUUAGGCAAGAAUGGAUUCGAAAUGGCCAACUACUGGAGGUCUCAGCCAUAGUAGGUUGCUGCAGUUACAUUCUGUGUGCUUUUGUGUUUUCUCGUAUUUCCUUAGAGAAUAAUAAGUAAAUAACUACUAGUAUUACUUCGUUCACAUUAUUAUAUGUUUUUUCUUACCUUUUAUUGCUAUUAUAGUUGAAUGAUCGAUUACUUAACCAUUUACUUUGAAUAAACAUUAGUUUUCCUUAUAUUUGUAUAUUACACUAUGUUAGAAUGAAUGCUAGAACUCGUGAUCCUACAUACAAAA